AUGAAAGCGGACCGAAAUACACUGAUUACGCGACUAGAUGCUCAACAUUUUACAAAAGACGAACAAGAGCGAAUCAAUUUGUAUAUCAACUUGCAUAUAAAAAUGCAAGAAGUGAUAACAGAAGUUGAAAAGCUCGAAGCACGAACAAGAAUGAAAGCACCACCAUUGUUAAAACGUCUCGAUAUAUCAAUGAAAACAAGUCUACCACUAGACACUGCCGAGUUGACAACCAUACAAACCGAAUGUGAUACAGCGAUUCUGAGUGCUAAAACAACAUUACAAAAAUAG